ACUACAAUCAGUUGUAGCCUUACCGGCUUGCCGUAGACUUCGCUCCUGCCAUCCGAAAAAAAAAUAGCGGCGGCAUGUCGCGUUGUGUGUUUUUAUUGCUCACAGUGAUUUGCAGCUUCACACAUGCUGCGAAUAUUUUGUACAUAGACGGAGUGGCAUCGCCAAGUCACUUUAUUUGGCAUAAAGCGUUAAUAAACGGACUUGCUGCUAAAGGCCAUAAUGUAACUGCACUGAGUGUCGAUGUUGAAGAAAAUGCACCAAUGAAUGUAUCAUACAUUAAAAUGGAAGGAGUCUAUGAAAGUUUAUUUGAGGAAGAUGGCAUGGAAAGCGAUUUCUUCGAAAUUGGGCAAAUGAAUCCAUUUUCUGUGUUGGCAAUGUUCAAUGAAUACGCAACUAUUGGUUGUAAGCUAACUCUGAAAACAGCAGGUCUACGGCAACUGCUGGAAUAUCCGAGAGAGUUCAAAUUCGAUUUGAUUAUAAGUGACUAUCUCAAUGGACCGUGUAUAUCUGCUGUUGCGCAACAUAAGUUUGGAAGACCUCCGUACAUUGCAGCUACUGCUUUCCAUGGGCUGACAACGACGAACAUGAUGUCCGGCGCCUUUUCAUAUUCAGCAUCGGUUCCAAACCAUGAGUUCAAUACCCCUCAGAGCAUGGGCUACUGCCAACGUUUCAUGAACUUUUUGUAUAAUCAUUGGGAAGAACUGCUGAAAAUUUAUAACAUGUACCCAAAAGUGGAUAAAAUAGUGCGCAAAGAAUUUCCGGACAUUCCAUACGUUGGAGACCUUGAUAGAGAUACUCGAAUCAUACUGUUGAACUCCAACCCUGUCAUCCAGUAUUCAGAAGCAUCAAUGCCUAACGUAAUCUCUGUAGGUGGAAUGCAAAUCGUCAAACCUAAAGAACUCCCCGAAGAUCUGAAGAAACUGGUAGAUAACGCCAAAAACGGUGCGAUUCUGUUUUCGCUCGGUACCAAUGUCCGAAGUGAUAUGCUUGGAGAUAAGAGAAUUAUCGAGAUCCUUAAUGCUAUGAGUCAGUUUCCGGAGUACCAAUUUCUUUGGAAGUUUGAGUCGGAUGCCAUGCCAAUCGAGGUGCCAAAGAACGUUUACAUAAGAAAGUGGAUGCCGCAAAACGAUUUGCUGGCUCAUCCUAAUCUCAAACUUUUCAUCACUCACAGUGGUCUUCUGAGUACCCAGGAAGCGAUUUAUAACGGCGUGCCUAUCAUUGGAUUCCCAGUUUUCGCCGAUCAACACCAAAAUAUCAAUUACUGUAUGGAACAAGGUGUAGGAAAACGGCUUUCCAUAAAGAACGUGAAGAGCAGCGAGCUAGUCAACGCCAUUAGGGAACUGAUGACAGACGACAGGUCAGUGGCUUGUUACCGCGAGAACAUGUCCCGCUUGUCGAAGAUCUUCCGUGAUCAGAAGGAACCACCAUUGGAGCGCGCCAUCUGGUGGGUGGAGUGGGUUCUUCGGCAUCCAACGUCGAAAAUUUUACAGUCCAACGCCGUCCGGUUAGACUGGUUUGUGAAAUAUUCAUUCGAUGUCAUCGUGCCACUAGUGUUGGCAGGUCUGAUAGUGUUAUCGAUCCCGAUCAAGAUAAUGCGAUACGUAAUGUGUCGGAAGCAAGGACAAGUGAAAACGAAGCGUGAAUAAAAUUCAUCGGGUGGUCUAGUUAUCAGAUCCAGAAUUA